UUUCUGCGACAUGUAGAGGCUUGUGCGGUCACGUCUUGUAUUCACUCCCUCCACCACAAUUGACUGGCUACCGCACAUUCACCCCGGUCUAAACCGAAUAUAUACCCUCGACCAACAACACAGCUCACCUCAUAAUGGACUCGCACGCGCCGAAUCCUCCUUACGCUGUACCUCCGCCCUUCUCACCUCCGUUGUCCGCAUACCGCUCUUCCACCGAAACUCACAAGCGAACCUCGAUCGACACAGACAUGAGGAGGUCCGAUGAGCGCUCAACAAGAGCUGCCAGCGUACUGUCAGGCAUGUCUGCAGAAGAUAUGGAGGCGGCAGAGACUCUCAAUAGCCUACACCAAAAAUACCAUUCUCCUAGACAAUCACAACCUCCACCAACACUCUUCCAAACCCAGACGACCUAUGACUCCAACCAACCCGAACCUCUUUUGAGGCUCAUCACCAGUCAAUAUCCCCUCGCCGGAAGCCUAAUAAACGGCUCUCUCUCGGCUUAUAAAACCACUCAAUCAUACAUCCCAGGCGCCGAAUGGACCGAGAGAUAUGUCGGUCUGCCUAUUGCGGGCACAGUCGCUAGGAUUUCCGGAGUCGAGGGCGGUCUGAGAUGGGUCUUACAACCAAAACGCGACAGUGUAUCUGCUACAAGUCCGGCACGGACGCCGGAUGUCGAGAAAGGCUAUAACGAUGCAGCUUUGAAUGGUGUUCGCCGAUCGAGUUCCGAGGCAUACACCGAAACUCUCCCGGCCUACAGUGCGGGUGACCGUUCGCCUCCCUACUCCGAAACACAAAUCGCGCUACAGAAUCGAGAACGCCAACCGCCACCGAACUGGCGCCAGCAACUCGUGAUUUCCACCAGUGGCCUCGGCAUUGCUAUGAGCGAUGAGUCAAUCCGAAGUCUAAGGUAUUGUCUGAGCUGGCUGCGAUGGGCUAACAGCCAUCUUGACGAAGCAAUUCAGAACCUUCGGACUCUAUUGGAACGAUGGGAUGAAGGUGUCACGCCAGGCGAACAGGCUUCGCCCAUGUCUGUCGCCAGCAUGACCCAGAGUCGAGAAGAACAACGACAGGCUGCGUUGUUAGCCCGCAUCGCCGCCCUCAGGGCUGAUGUACUCCAAACCCUCAAACAUGUCGUCGGCAUUGUCUCAAACUAUGCUGGCGGCGCACUACCUCAGAAUGCCCGCGACCUCGUGCAUCGCCAUUUGACCAGUUUACCUCAACGUUUCACUAUGGCCAACAUCAAUUAUGAUGCGUCGGCACACAACGCUGAAGGUAAUUCCGAAGCAGCCAAAAGUGGAAGGCGAGUCAUGGUGCUUGCGCAAGAAGGUCUGGACAUGAUGACGCAGGUGAGCCGCGUGGUCAAUGAUACACUUGUCAGUGCCGAAGGGUGGUGUGAACGGCUCGGAAAGAGACCGGAAGGUCAACAGCAGCAACAACAACAACAUCCCGGACAGUUCAUGUUGAAAGAUGACAAGAUGGAGCUCGAUCGAACGCGGGUGCGCAGUGAGACCCUCGCACCUAGUGAGCCGGACCGAGGGGAAGGCGAUGUGCAGAUGCAAAUGUAACAUUAUCACGGAGAAAAUGUUGUUUCGGGCAC